AUGGCUGUCCCCCACACCACUCGUAUGGCGGAGGGUGUUGGAUGUGGAGUACCGACCUACGACGACCUGCCUCCCGUCGACGGCAUGCCAAGGGGCUGUGUCAGGGGUGUCUUUGAGAAGGACGGCAAGAAAGACCUGUUUGAAACACUGAAUCAUCUUACGACAGCCACAAUCAAAGCCGCCGCCGCCGAAGUCCAAGAUGGGUGUCGAUUUCACUCAAGUAUAUUUAAUCCCGCCUCCAUCGCUGUCACUCAUGACGGGUCCAUUCAGAUGGUCCGUAAGUGGCCGCUCGAUGCCCUCGAGCACAUUCCCCCGCCUGGCCGUCGCAAGCUCGCCCACAGGGCCCAGCCUUCGCGAUAUAGGCGUCUCAGGUGGAAUCAGCUGAUACGACGAGCUGGCCUUCAACACCCAGAGCGCCAGCCGGUACGACUCGCUGGUUCAUUAGCAGCAUCAGGCUACGGGUCUGCACAGAACAGGAAUCGGUCGAUGCGGCAAGAGAUGUCACACAUGUUGACCCUUGAGCACACUAUGCCCACGUUGAAGUAA